AAUCGAGAGGUGAAGUGAAUGCAGAAAACAAAACACACAUUCAGUUUGUAGUGGAGUUGUAUUGAGUGAUCGGUUUGUUGUCUGAUUUGAGACCAAAUGUCAAAAUAAAGUCGAGUUUUUCUAAUCAAACGAUUAUUAUGUGAGAGAAAAACAAAUGCAAAACAAAACAAUCGGUUAAUACAUGUGUAGAAAAGCGAUGCGAUUAUUAUUAUAGCGUUUAUUAACACAUUUUGCGAACCAAUUGUUGUGUUUAUCACUGAUUGUAAUCAGUGUUUGAUUGUGUGGUUGUAUUGUCUGUCUGUUUGGCAUCGAUGGCCACAUCCAAGCAUCGGAUCAAACUGUCAUCGGAUGGCGAUGUCAUCACUGAAUCCAAUAUGAAACACCGAUUACACCAUCUGUUCGGCCAAAUCGAGAAGGAGUUCGACGGACUUAUCACCGAAAACGUGGCCCUCAAAGAACGGGUGGAGACUCUCGAAGAGUUAAUACUGUCUUCAGGCGCGGCCCCAACCGAUGCCUCCAAUAAAGUUCUUCAGCAAAAAUUGUCCGUCAAUUCAAUGAAAAGAGAUUCAAUGGUUGCCGCGAGUCAAUUGUCCGCUAAAAUCAAGUCCACGUAUAAACUGAAGGCUUCGGGACGUAAUAUAUUCAAAGGUCAGAACAUUUCG